CUAGCUAGCUACAGAGUAUUUCUUUCCUCGCGUCUACUAAUUAUAGUCAGCCUCCUUUUCCCUCCUUAUACUCCGCUGACCCCUCUGCUCUGCCCUUUCCCCAAUUUGCUUCACCGCCUCCGCCCUUUUCAAAUUCAUUCUCUCCUCUUCCUCCCACCAUGGGCAAGUACAUGAAGAAGGGCAAAAUCACCGCCGACGUCGCCGUCAUGGAGCUCCCGCAGUCCCCUCUCGGCGUUCGCACUCGGGCCAAAACCCUAGCCCUCCAACGCCUCCAAUCCCUGCCUCCCUCGCCCGACUCCGAGUCCUGUUAUCUCCAGCUCCGCUCCCGCAGGCUGCAGAAGCACCCGGCGGGGUUACACGAAGACCGGAAGAAGUCGUCCAAUAGCAACGUGAGAUUCGCCCAGAAGCAGCUCUGUCCCAAGGACUCGGACUCCUUGACUUGCCGGAAAUUGGAUCUCGAGUCGAGCUCCAGGCUUAGGGUGAGCUCUGUGCACUCGAGCUCUGUGGCCUCUGCCUCGAUUGGCAAUUCCGGGGCUGGCGAAGGGUGUUUUCAGAUUCUCAGCAAAGGGUGUGAGUCUGCCGAGGGAUGUGAUUUGGGUUUUGAUGACCACUUUGGGGAGAACAAUUUGGAGUCAGAUGCAAGAGAGAGGAGCACCAGAGAAAGCACACCUUGUACACCUUGUAGCUUAAUCAGGGAGGAAGGCAUCAUCAAGACUCCUAGUUCAACUACACGAGUAACUAACCCAAACACAAAUGUUCGAAGUGUGAGAAGUCCUUCUCUAAGGAAUAUGCCUUCAGCCGAUGAGGUCAAUGAGUUCUUCGCUUAUGCAGAGCAGCAGCAGCAGCGCCUUUUUGCCGACAAAUAUAACUUUGACAUUGUGAAUGAUUCGCCAAUGCCUGGACGUUUUGACUGGGUGAGAGUGAGCCAAUAACCAAAGCAGGGCAUGAUGGUGUGCGGCCAAAGAUGGUGUGACUCAAGCUCCUUUGAGUGACAACCAAAGUUAGUGUAAAGUGAGAGAGAGAGUAGAAAUGUGUAAUUUAAUCAUCUGUAAAGUAACAGGGUUGAUAAAAUUACACACUCUAACCAUUUGUGGAAAGCCCACAGUAGAGUCACUAGCCUUGUGACUAAAAAACUGAGUAGGAUUUACCCUUCUUUUUCGCUGUAUUUCAGCUAGUGUGUAAACAGCAUUUAACAUUUCCUUUAUAAUUCUGCAAUGGUAAUAAUACUUAUUUUUACAUUUAAUAAUACUAGCAG